AGAGCAAUGUGUUGCGCCCGGGCGGGCAUUGCCUGGGCAAGCGUCGGGAUUCCACAGCUCACUCGCGGAUUGCGUGGUGAUUCCCUGUCUUUGGCAAUGCGACUAGCACUUUCUUUGAUUCUCUCUUGUCGAUCACAGAUGGAAAUGUUGCUCCGACGCAGUUCAAUUCUUUCUAAGAGAUGCAUUCCUGCUGUCUUGGCUCUACCCCGGAAUCUAUCCUCUCUUGUCACUGGUGAUGCGGCGUUCUUGGAGGCGGUGGAUAUUUACUACGAUAAAGCUGCGGCACUAGCGUCUCCAACUCCAGAUAUAUUGGCUCAGAUCAAGGGAUGUAACAAUAUCUUAAAGGUCCAAUUUCCUCUCAAGUGUUCCGAUGGAACAGUGGAGCUUAUCGAGGCUUAUAGAGCUCAACAUUCUCACCAUCGAAUGCCAGUCAAGGGUGGCAUACGAAUGGCUCCAAAUGUUGAUGCCGAAGAAACAAUGGCGUUGGCUGCGUUGAUGACUUUCAAGUGCGCUCUGGUGGACAUCCCAUUUGGAGGGGCGAAAGGAGGAAUCAAAAUAGAUCCUGCGAAGUAUUCCACCGGGGAAAAGGAAGCGAUCAUAAGGCGAUACACCAGUGAGCUUGUAAAGAAGAACUUCAUUGGUCCUGCGAUUGACGUUCCUGCCCCUGAUUAUGGAACAGGAUCCCAAGAAAUGGCCUGGAUCAAGGACACUUACGAGCAUCUCCAGUCAACUGACAUAAAUGGAACAGCUUGCGUAACUGGAAAGCCACUUGAAGAGGGAGGUAUUCAUGGGAGGCAAGAAGCUACAGGCUUAGGAGUGUUUUUCUGUUUGAGAGAGUUUUUAGAUGACGAGGGUCUGAUAUCCAAGCUGCAAAUGAAACCUGGUAUUGAAGGGAAAACUAUCAUCGUGCAAGGCUUUGGAAACGUCGGUCAACACACCAUUGAUUGCAUUGAAGAUGCUGGCGGAAGAAUCAUAGCCAUCGCAGAGAAGGAUGGUGGGGUUGUUGAUGAGACAGGAAAGGGCUUGAACAUCAAAGAGGUCAAGGAUUACUUUAAGCGAAAGGGAACAAUAACAGGAUUUCCCAAGGGUUCCACUGUUGAAGACUCUUCAAAAAUAUUAGAGCUGCCGUGUGAUGUUUUGAUUCCAGCUGCGUUGGAGUCACAAAUACAUUCUGGCAACGCCUCUCUUAUACAGGCCCGCAUUAUAGCAGAGGCUGCUAAUGGCCCGGUAACUCCUGCGGCCGAAGCGAUCCUAGAGAAAAGAGGAGUUGUUAUUUUACCAGAUUUGCUUCUGAAUGCGGGUGGAGUGACUGUGUCAUAUUUUGAAUGGCUAAAGAAUUUGAAUCACAUUCACUUUGGGCGCAUGAGUCGUAGAAUGGAAGAGCGUGGAAAACGGGUUUUUCUUGAGGCUCUCGAACUGGAGUUUGGAAAUGGAAACAGAUUAUCUGACGAGCUUCGUCGCGAACUUGUUAAAGGAAAUACAGAGGUGGAUUUCGUGUGGUCCGGACUUGAAGAGACCAUGCUGGUUGCAUGGGACAAAGUUAAGGCGGUCGCUGCUAAAAAGGGCUGCAAUUUUCGCACAGCAGCAUAUUUGAUAGCUAUUGAGAGGAUAGCGACAUGCUACAAAGUCAGUGGGAUAUUUCCCUGAUAGCAGCACUCAGAAUUAUAGAGUUCAGAACCUUUGUACAUUGAGACAUUUAUACACAUGGUAACGUUUGAUCAAAGAGCCUGUCUCCCUUACUACGUUGAAAUGCGUUUCGUAUAGUCUACCUAGUACAUAUCACGUAUUGCUGGACAAGUGAAAACUUCUAUUUCGACAACCGUGGCCUUCUUAUCGUCACCGAAAAUCGAAUCCUUUCCAUCAGGUCCAGAAAGGCCACCCAUAACAGGAACUAGUGGAGGCCCGAUCAAAAGUCCAUCAGCUCCAAACUGCGGCCCUCCUCGAGCAUAGUCGAAUAUUGCAGCUCCCGAGCCUCCGACUUUGGGAAGAAUAACAGGUGGUGAAUCUCCUUGAGGGCAGUAGAACAGGAAGGCUUUGAAGGUGUCGUAGUAGUCAUCAGUGCUCCGGAAUCCGAGAGGAUUAAAUCCACCGAAACGAAGUCCGCCUCGAGUGACGCCUAGAACGACGCAGGGACCUUUGAAGUCAGUGCAGCCGUGGAACUUGUACGCACUGAAGCCGUCCAGAGAUGCCUUGUAGCAGCACUUGAGCUCUUUAUCUACACAAGAAGAGAGAAUGUUUCAACGUCAAGUUCGAAAGCAACAGACCUGCAAGGAAGGUGUCUUGGACGAGCAGUGGCAGAAACGAAGGGAGCUCCAAUUCGUGGUAGCCAGACUGUUUCGAAAAUGAGAUAGAAUCCGUGGCCUCUUCUCUACCUCCGAAGAAGUUCCAGAGGCCACGAACAGGCGCAAUGGACCGAGUAACGCGAGCUCCGCUCCCCUCAUCCCUCUCUAUCCGAUCCGACGGCCAGAAGCUCUUCAAUUCGAGGUAGUCAAAAGUGUAAGUAAUCGGUUCAUUAGAAGACUGGGUGUUUUA